AUGAAUAAUGGAUCUCAGAAUCAAAGUGCCAAUAAUGGCCAACAACCUCAACAGCAAAUCAAUUUACAAAAUAUACCACCACAGCAAUUGGCCCAAUUGGUGACUGCAAUGAGAACCGCUUAUGAUCAGGCCAAGAAUUCUACCAAUGAGGCCGAAAGACAGCAGCAUUUUAAUCGUGCUGAAAAUAUCAGAAGAUUAUUAGCAAGAUAUCAAGCUCAAAAAAACAGGUUGCAACAGCAACAACAACAACAGCAGCAGCAGCAGCAGCAACGCACUCAACAACAGACUCAACAGCAGACUCAACAGCAAAGAAAUUUAACAGAACAUCAACGACAAAUUCAAGCUGUUCAAGCACAAGCACAGGCACUAGCACAAAUGAAUAACAAUGAGAAUUUCAAUGCUAUGAGCAAUAACCAAGUUGGUACGCCUAUGAUGCAGCAACAGUCUCCCAAUAUGAUGCUUCAAUCCCCAAUGAUGCAACAAAAACAGACUAAUGUUGGUACACCUAUGCGACAACAAUCACCUUUGAUGACACAACAGUCACCGCCAGAGCAAUUUCAAGCUCAAAAAUCAAAUCCAACUCCACAACCACAAGUGCAACAAAAUGUCCAACAAAUGAAUCAAAAUAAUGUGAUCAGAAACAAUGCCAUAGUAGGUACAAAUGGUGCAGCACCUGGACAAAUAAACGGUGUGCCUAUUGCUAAUAGUAAUAUAACAAUGGAAAGGUUCAAUCAAAUUAGACAAAAACUCACUGAAGUUCAAAGGAGGGUUCAGUUGUUGGAACAAACAAAGAAAACAGGAAAUGUUACUCCAGAGCAAAUUCAACAGAUUGAUAAAGAAAUAAUUGAAUGCAAGGCAAAGUUCCAACAGUAUCAAAAAGUAGGGAUUUAUAUUAGAAAUCAGUUGGUUCUUCAAGCUAAAGCACAACAACAGAGACAAUUGCAACAGCGACAGCAACAACAGCAACAGCAACAGCAACAGAAUAACAAUCUAAAAUCAGCUCAGAACCAGAACCAGAAUCAAAACCAAAACCAAAACCAAAACCAAAACCAAAACCAAAACCAAAUACAAGGAGUGCAAUCUGCUGGACAAACACCUCAGCAACAGAGCUUUUCGCCACAGUUGCAGGCUGCACAACAACAACAAUUUAUGGGCAACCUGCAACAACAACAGCAGCAGCAACAACAACAACUUAGAAAUGCGAAUAAAAGUGCACUUCAAGGUCAAGCUCCUUCACAGGCGCCAACUCCUUUACCUGUUCGGCCAACACCUCAGAGUCAACCUACAGCACAAGCGGGUGUUGCUUCACAGGCAGCUACAUCAGGAUUUCGAGCUUCUCAACCCACACCAUCGCAAACUUCGAGAACUGGAUCAGCUCUACAACAAAGGGCACCAAGUCGACAGGCAUCUUCUACACCGCAAUCUCAAUUCCAACCACCAUUACCACUGGAGAGUCGACAUCCUUCUGCAACUACAUCAGAAAAGCCACUUCCCCAACAACCUGGAAGCGGAACAGCGAAGAGUCCUAGUGUUGCUGCUACUCCUGCUCAGAAUAAUGGCACUGUAACUGCCCGGUCUGCAUCACCUGUUGCAACUACUACAGAUAGUGCUACAACUGGACGCUCAGGAACUCCCCAACAACAAUCAAGGUCACGAUCUGGAUCAUCGUUGAAUUUGGCUGGCAUUACACGUCAGUCUGUCCCAUCAUUGCCAAUUUCGAGUUCUAUUAAUGUAAAACAGCCCACAAUCACCACAUUUAAUAGUAUCAAUGAUACGAGACCCAGUUUGACGGGAGGAGCUGCCAAUCCUAUGAGUAUUUUAUUAGAUACACCAGCGAUCACAAAAUUGCCUACUUUUGAUAUCGAAGGAGACACUGGUGUCAUUGAUUCUAGUACCAGUGGACGAGUUUUAAAUAAACGAAAAUUAGGUGAUUUGAUAAAUACAAUAGGUGUUGAUGAAGGGGAUGGUAAGACCAGUAUUGAUGGGAAUGUGGAGGAAUUUUUGUUGGAUUUGGCUGAUGAAUUUAUUCAUUCAGUGACAAGUUUUGCUUGUCGGUUAGCAAAACAUAGAAAGGUGGAUAGUAUAGAGGCAAGAGAUGUUCAACUACAUUUGGAUAAGAAUUGGAAUAUCAAGAUUCCUGGUUAUGCAAUGGAUGAGAUUCGAAACACAAGAAAAAUACAACCUAGUAAUAGUUAUAGUCAGAAAGUACAAGGUGUCGAAGUUUCGAAAGCUGUGAAUGAUGAUAAUGCUUAA